AUGAAAGACAUAUUUUGCAAUCAAUCAGUUCCAACUGAUCCUACACAAUCAAAAUUAUAUCUUUUAUUAAAAAUAUUAAGUAUUGAUCCUGAUUGCAAAGGAAAGGGAGGCUUUUCUAUACCAUGGCUACUAGGAUUAACUUGUACUGAUAAUGUUCAAUGGCUUAGAUAUUUUAUUUCAACCACUGAUCCUGAUCUACUUCCAAAAUCUUUUAAAGCUAAUCAAAAAUGA